UUUUGUUGAAUUCGUUCGCUGCGCGUGCGCAGAAGGGCGGUUGCUAGGUAAGGAGCGGGCCUCAGUUACCGCUCCGAGGUCGGCGGCGGGGCGCAGGAAGAUGGUGGCAACUCCGCGGGUCACUAUGGAGACAGAGCUUCGGAACACCAUAGUCUUCAAUGCAUCCAAAAAGGAGAUUUUCACUGUCAACAGUGGUUACAAGUCCUUACAGAAGAGGCUUCGUAGUAAAUGGAAGAUACAGAGUUUAAAAGAUGAGAUCACAUCCGAGAAGCUAGCUGGGGUAAAAUUGUGGAUUACAGCAGGGCCCAGAGAGAAGUUCACUGCAGCUGAGUUUGAGGUUCUGAAGAAAUAUCUAGAAGAGGGUGGGGAUAUCCUGGUGAUGCUGGGAGAAGGUGGUGAAUCCCGAUACGACACCAAUAUUAACUUCUUGUUAGAAGAGUAUGGAAUCAUGGUCAAUAAUGAUGCUGUGGUGAGAAAUGUAUAUUAUAAGUACUUUCAUCCUAAGGAAGCCUUGGUUGCCAAUGGAGUUUUGAAUAGGGAAAUCAGCAGAGCUGCAGGGAAAGCAGUGCCUGGGAUAAUAGAUGAAGACAACAGUGGAAAUGACUCACAGGCUCUCACUUUUGUGUAUCCAUUUGGUGCCACACUGAAUGUGAUGAAACCAGCAGUGGCUGUUCUGUCCACAGGAUCUGUCUGCUUUCCACUCAACAGACCCAUUUUGGCUUUUUACCAUUAUAAGAACCAAGGUGGAAAGAUGGCAGUGUUGGGAUCUUGCCACAUGUUCAGUGACCAAUAUUUGGAUAAAGAAGAAAACAGCAAGAUCAUGGAUGUGCUUUUCCAGUGGCUCACAACCACGGACAUCCAUUUAAAUCAGAUUGAUGCAGAGGACCCUGAGAUUUCAGACUAUACAAUGCUUCCGGAUAUAGCCACGCUGUCUGAGAGACUACGAGUGUGUCUACAAGAGGGAGACGAGAACCCACGAGAUUUCACAACGCUCUUUGAUAUGUCAAUUUAUCAGCUGGAUACAACCUCCCUCCCUAAAGUUAUCAAAUCUUAUGAACAGCUGAAUGUGAAACAUGAACCUCUCCAGCUCAUUCAGCCUCAGUUUGAGACUCCACUACCUGCACUCCAGCCAGCUGUUUUCCCACCUGCUUUCAGAGAAUUACCUCCUCCCAGUCUGGACCUGUUUGACUUAGAUGAAACGUUCUCCUCUGAGAAAGCUCGUCUUGCGCAGAUUACGAACAAAUGUACUGAAGACGACCUGGAGUUUUAUGUCAGAAAAUGUGGUGAUAUCUUAGGGGUAACAAACAAACUCCCAAAGGAGCAGCAAGAUGCCAAGCAUAUCUUGGAGCACAUCUUCUUCCAAGUGGUGGAGUUCAAGAAGUUGAAUCAGGAACAUGAUAUUGACACAAGUGAAGCUGGAUUCCAGAAUGGUUACUGAGCACGGGCUUUUCCUGUCAGAGAGAGAGACCGACUGACCACCUUAGCAAAAAUAUUUACUGUACCUCCCUCAGUGUAAAUUAUUUUUCUAUUUGUUUAUUCAAUAUAUUGAUUGAGGCAUUCUUCUUUGAACCUUUGGGUGUUGUAAAUAUGUAUAAAGUCUUAAACUGGUACUUUUUAAAAAAAAUGCCAAAUUAGGGUUUGCCUUGUAAGUGGCAAUAAUUUUCAAAAGCUUUUUAUGUAACAAACAUUCCAUAUUUAAUCUUUUCUAUUUUUUUUAUUGGAGCUAUAAUUCUGUAAUCUGAAAUAUUCUUAUGUUAAGAAAAUAUUUCAUUCCAAACCCUA